UACGUGCCAGGCUGUUAGAGUGGCUCUGUGGCUCCAGCAACCACAGCAGCUUCCCUGUCUGAUGCUCACCUCACAGAUGGGCACAAAGCAGUUCCCGUUGUACCUCUGUCCCAAGGGACUUGUGUUCAGCUGCAGCCGUGGCACAGAGCCCACUGGGCAGUGCUGGAGCUGGCAGAGCACGGUGGGGAGUUUAGCACCAGCAGGACUGGGGGUCAGCACUUCCCCAAAAUGAUGAAGCCACCCUGCGCUGCGCGGCUGGCGUCCCCAAGCCCUUCAUCCUCCUGUUUGCUGUGUCUCCUCCCAGCUGUGGGCUCACAAGGGGUGGCGGCUGGUGGGAUAUAUAAACGCAGGGGAGCCUGAGCCAGCUCAGAAGAAACUCCUGAAGCUGCUGGUGUUCUCUCUCUCUCCCUUCACGUGAUUCAGUUUCCCCAGACCAGAGAAGCCGAAGACAAGUCAUACUGUGCGAGAUGGCUGCCGGCAGCCGCCGCCUCCUCCUCCUGCUCCUGCUGCCCUGGCUGGCCGCAGCCUCGCACAGCCCUCCCGGCUGCAAGAUCCGGAUUACCUCCAAGGGGCUGGACCUCGUGAAGCAGGAGGGUCUGCGCUUCGUGGAGCAGGAGCUGGAGAACAUCACAGUGUCAGACCUGCACGGGAAGGAGGGGCAGUUCCACUACAACAUCAGCCAGGUCAAGGUGAUGGACCUGCAGCUGCCAUUUUCCAACCUGCACUUCCAGCCGCAACAGAACCUCGCCUUCGACAUCAACAACGCUUCCAUCAGCCUGCGCUUCAGGCGGCAGCUGCUCUACUGGUUCUUCUACGACAUUGGAUCCAUCAAUGCUUCUGCUGAUGGUGUCCACAUCCAUACUGUGCUGCAGCUGGCCAAGGAUGAGGUUGGACGCCUCAAGAUUUCCAACAUGUCCUGCAAUGCCUCCAUUGCCAGAAUGCACGCAGGAUUCUCUGGCACACUCAGGAAGGUCUAUGAGUUCCUGAGCACCUUCAUUGUCACAGGGAUGCGCUUCCUCCUCAGCCAGCAGAUCUGCCCAUCCCUGGAGCAUGCCAGCCUGGUGCUGCUGAACUCCUUGCUGGACACAGUGCCAGUAAGGAACUACGUGGAUGAGCACAUUGGGAUUGACUACUCCCUGCUCCGUGAUCCAGCUGUCUCCCCAGAAACCCUCGACCUGGACUUCAAGGGCAUGUUCUUCUAUCGUGCGAGGGAGGACCAGGAGCUGGAGAACCACGCGGUGGAGCCGGUGAUCAAGGAGACUGAGCGCAUGGUUUACGUUGCCUUCUCUGAGUACUUCUUUGACUCAGCCAUGCACGCAUACUUCCAGGCGGGUGUGCUGGCCAUAGAGCUUGAGGGGGAGAAGGUACCCAAGGACCUGGAGGUUCUGCUGAGAGCCACCUUCUUUGGGACCAUCUUCAUGCUGAACCCUGCUGUGGUGGAUGCUCCCUUGCGGCUGGUGCUUCAGGUGUCAGCUCCCCCCCGCUGUGUGAUCAAACCCUCGGGGACCUCCGUCUCUGUCUCUGCCUUCCUCAACAUUUCGCUGGUACCUGCAGACCGCCCUGCUGUCCAGCUUUCCAGCAUGGCCAUGGAAUCAAAGCUGAGUGCCAAGGUGUACCUGCAAGGGAAAGCACUGCGCGUGCAGCUGGACCUGCGACGGUUUCGCAUCUAUUCCAAGCAGUCAGCACUGGAAUCUCUGGCGCUGUUCUCACUGCAGGCCCCGCUGAAAACUCUGCUGCAGCUGACAAUCAUGCCCAUCAUUAACGAGAGGACAAAGAAGGGUGUGCAGAUUCCUCUGCCAGAAGGCAUGGACUUCACCAGGGAGGUGGUCACCAAUCACGCGGGAUUUCUCACAGUGGGAGCUGAUCUCCACUUCUCCAAGGGGCUGCGGGAAGUGAUCGAGAAGUACCGCUCCACCCCUGCAGUCCCUGCUGAGCCCACAGUGCAGCCCACAGCAGCCAACACAGACCCCCACCAGCUGUAGCUCUGCUUACUUGCUCCUUCACCCUGGACAAAGGUCAGAUCCCGGGCUGGACCCAUAGGCUGUAGGUAGGAAGCAACAUCCCCAAUACCACUCACACAUCCUGCAGGGCAUCUGCACCCAGGUGGGCAGCAGCAAGGUGGAGACAGCUGCUCUGGGAAUCCCUGUUGCACCCCUUCUCGUACACUAAUAAACGACUGAAUGCUA